AUGGACUCUUUGUCAGGUGUCACAAUGUCACAAGAGAUCAGCACUGAAGAAAUGGAGGAGAUCAGAGAGAGCUUCCAAAAACUAGACAUGGAUGGCAAUGGGUACAUCUGCGCCUCUGAACUUGGUGAUCUCUUCCGUGAUCUCAAUUGUCCCGUACCGGGCUACAGAAUUCGUGAAAUCAUACAGAAACUUGACCGGGACAAAGACAGCAACAUCAGUCUUGAAGAGUUCACCGCUGUUUUUAGGGACUUGAAGGACGACCGCAUCGCUCAAGGAUUCAGAAAAGCCCUCAACAAAAAGGAAGGCAUUGUCGCCAUUGGGGGCACCAGUGAAAUCUCUAGUGAAGGAACUCAACAUUCAAUCUCUGAACAGGAGCGCUAUGCCUUUGCCAACUACAUCAACUCCAUUUUGGAGAAUGAUCCAGACUGCAAACACGUGCUGCCCAUCAACCCAAACACCGGCGCUCUUUUCAGAGCGCUUGCAGACGGCAUUGUACUAUGCAAACUCAUCAAUCAAUCCGUUCCUGAGACUAUUGAUGAGAGAACUAUAAACACAAGAAAACUCACUGCAUUCACUACACAGGAAAAUCUGAAUUUGGCUCUGAACUCAGCUUCAGCUAUUGGUUGCCAAGUUGUCAACAUAGGAGCUCAAGAUCUAAAGGAGGGAAAACCUCAUCUAGUCCUUGGGCUCCUUUGGCAAAUCAUAAAGAUUGGACUUUUUGCAGAUAUCGAGCUGAGCCGUAAUGAAGCGAUUGCUGCGCUUCUGGACGAAGGGGAGGGUCUGGAGGAGUUGAUGAAACUUAGCCCAGAGGAGUUGUUGCUGCGCUGGGCCAAUUUUCACCUGAAGAAAGUUGGCAUAACCUUGACAAACUUUUCAGGGGAUAUUAAGGAUUCCAGGGCUUAUUUCCAUUUACUGGAGCAGAUUGCGCCAGACGGCAGCAAAGAGGGCGUUGAUCGAGUCGAAAUUGAUAUGACUGGACUCUAUGAGAAAGAUCUCACAAAGAGAGCGGAGUAUAUGCUGGAACAAGCUGACCUGCUUGGCGCUCGACAGUUUGUGACAGCUACUGAUGUCGUAUGUGGAAAUGCAAAACUCAACAUGGCCUUUGUGGCUACGCUCUUCAACAAACACCCGGACCUCACUAAACCAGAGAACCAGGACUGGAAUCUUGAGAGUGAGACCAGAGAGGAGAGAACAUUCAGGAAUUGGAUGAACUCUUUAGGAGUCUCUCCACGUGUUAACCACAUCUAUGGCGAUCUGCAAGAUGCCAUGGCUAUCCUCCAACUUUAUGAAAAAAGUAAGGUGCAAGUGGAUUGGGACAGUAAAGUUAACAUGCCUCCGUUCAAGGCAGUAGGAGGAGGCCAUUUGAAAAAGAUAGAAAACUGUAACUAUGCUGUGGAGCUUGGAAAGAAUGCAGCUGGUUUCUCCCUAGUGGGAAUAGCAGGACAGGACCUCUAUGACGGAAAUUCAAAACUCACCCUUGCGUUGGUGUGGCAACUGAUGAGAAGGUACACAUUAAAUCUUCUCGAAGACCUCGGCGAUGGAGAAGUGGCAGGAGAGGAUUUAAUAAUCGCAUGGGUGAACAAAACUUUGUCUGAGGCUGGAAAGACUUCUUCCAUCAAAAGCUUUAAGGACAAAUCACUCAAUACAAGUAUUCCAGUUUUGGACCUAAUCGAUGCUAUCCAACCAGGGAGUGUGAACUUUGAAUUGGUUCAAAAAGAUAAGACUGAUGCCGACAAACUUAAGAAUGCCAAGUAUGCCAUUUCCAUGGCAAGGAAGAUCGGAGCCAAGGUUUAUGCCCUGCCUGAGGACUUAGUCGAGAUCAACCCAAAAAUGGUGAUGACUAUCUUUGCCUGCCUCAUGGGAAGAGGCAUGAAGAAGGUGUGA